AUGGGUGAAGCCGGGAAACGCGCCUGUUCUUUACUGCCAACAACAACACAAAACUCCCUCUUUCUCAACUUGGGACAGGCCCAUUACUCCGCUUCAUCCAGUGCCUCUUCAAAAGGAGCUUGCUUCCUCAUUUCCGGCCAAAGAAAAAAGGCGAAACAACACAACAACCUCCUCUCUCCACCCAACACGACCUACGGCCAGUGA